AUGUGACCUGGCACCGUGACGUCACCUCGCAAGGGCAUACACUGCUCAGACAGGCCUCUGGAACUGUGAACUCAUGUUUCUUUGCUUAUGGGUUUUGCGAUAAAAGAGAUGGCACGUUGCCCACAAAUCCCUUCCUUAUGUGACCUGAGUCGCCCCAUGGUAAUGAAGUAACUUUUCUGUUGGGUCCGAAUCAGCCAUAAGCAGUCUUCUGGGAUCUAGGAGUAGGAUCCCUUACACAAGCAGAGAUGCUGCGCAAUAGCCGUCUGUUGCCCUCAGUUCUCCGUUUAACAGUUCCUACACUAAGUUCUCACUCCACCUCGGCCACAGACCAUCACCAUGUUGAGCUGGCCAGAGAACGGUCAAAGACAGUCACUUCCUUUUACAACCAGUCUAGCAUUGAUAUUGCUGCUGAAAAGGCUUCAGUCCGUCUCACUCCUACCACUAUGCUGUAUUCAGGGAGGUCCCAGGACGGCAGCCAUAUCCUGAAGAGUGCUCGAUAUUUGCACAAGGAACUUCCUGUACGUAUUGCUCAUCGCAUCAAAGGAUUCCGCAGCCUCCCAUUCAUCAUAGGCUGUAACCCCACAAUCCUGCACGUGCACGAGCUUUACAUCCGUGCCUUCCAGAAGCUCAGCGAGUUCCCCUCAAUCACAGAUCAUGAUACUGAGACACAGUACUGCAAGUUGCUGAGGCAGCUUCUUGAUGAUCAUAAGGAUGUGGUGACCCAACUGGCAGAGGGGCUGCGAGAGAGCAGAAAACACAUACAGGAUGAAAAGGUGAUUCGCUUCUUUCUGGAUAAGACUUUAACAUCACGCCUGGGCAUCCGGAUGUUGGCAACACACCACCUUUCGCUGCACGAGGACCGGCCAGAUUUUGUUGGCAUUAUCUGCACUCGUCUUUCUCCCAAGAAAAUUAUUGAGAAGUGGGUGGACUUUGCCAGGCGUCUGUGCGAGCACAAGUAUGGAAACGCUCCUCGUGUCAGGAUUAACGGCCAUGUUGCUGCAAGAUUUCCAUUUAUACCCAUGCCUUUGGAUUAUAUCCUUCCUGAACUACUUAAAAACUCCAUGCGGGCCACUAUGGAGAGUCACAUUGAUACACCCUACAACGUCCCAGACAUUUCAAUCACCAUCGCAAAUAAUGACAUUGACCUUAUAAUCAGGAUCUCAGAUAGAGGAGGGGGAAUCCCUCACAACCAUUUGGAGCGUGUUAUGAAUUAUCAUUUCACCACUGCAGAAACCAGCGCUCAGGACCCUCGCAUAAACCCUAUAUUUGGAAACAUGGUGGAUAUGGUGAACAGCGGACAGUCUGGCCCAAUGCACGGUUUUGGCUUUGGGCUUCCCACAUCACGAGCGUAUGCUGAAUACCUAGGUGGAUCCCUCUGUAUACAGUCCCUUCAGGGAAUUGGCACAGAUGUGUACCUUCGCCUCAAACAUAUCGAUGGCAAGGAGGAGAGCUUUCGCAUAUAGAGAGCAGGCUUCCGGGAUACAUCCAACCUUUUCACUUUUUUUUUUUUUCCUCAACAAGGAGUGAUCCGUAUAAUAAAGUGUUAAUGGUACAUAAGCUACCUGCUGUCUUCUAAUGGGUCUUUUCAAUUUUUUUAUUCCGUUUUUAAUUACUCCUCCAUCUUUUUUUUUGGUGACCGACUCAGAGAUCCUUAUGAGCACUUAUGAUCUAUGAAGAUGAACUGUAAUCACACUUGCUACUCAUUUUGUAUUUACAGAGCACCAAAGCAUUCACACUCUAAAAAUUUAGAGAGGUCCAUAGGACAGAUGGGACCUGGUUCAACUUCACACAACAAACUUGUUGGAACUUUAUGGCUGGAACCUGAAUCUUCUUUGCCAAAAAGAUUAAAAACAAAACAGGAAAAGUUAAUGAAAAACUGUCUAGAAUGCCAGUAGAAUUGUAUGAAUGACAAAUAACUGUCUGCAUUAACAAGACAAACAAAAAGAUAAAAUACAUUGGAAAAAAGAUUGCUCACACAGAGGAUUUACACAAAAUGGUCCACUCUUGCCAACCAGAGAUUUAUUUACACACACAAAUAUGGAUGUCGGGGCAAUGCCUUCCUUUUUUGGUUUUCAUGAUCUGUUAUCAGGAUGAAAACUUCAUCCAAGUGUACAAACCCCACAGCCAAACUGUGCAUCACCUUUGUUGCUUUGGACCGGAAAUAACAAACAUUAGUUAUCAUUUUUUAUUUUUUUUUUUCAAAAAAAGAUGAACUCCAAAAAAUAUUCUCUUAUCAUUUUCAGCUUUAACUUCUUAUUUGCACUUAGAAGGUAGGACUGCUCCAGUCUGAGAGAUCACGUGGCCCUAUCUUGUCUGUGCAGCCUCCUGGUGCUGUGCUUGAGCCUAUCUGUGGUUAGUAAUCUAUAUUACGUGCACCUUUUUAUUUCCUCCGUAAAGACUUCUGAGUCUGGACCCUUGUACAACAAUAGUGUAAACAUAGCAGCAAAAUCUCCUAUAUUCCCUCAACUGAAGUCGCUGGACAACGCCCUCAUGAUGGCAGAUAUUUGUCAGUAACAUUGCUUAGAGGAAGCAUUAUCCUGAGUAACACUGAUGUAUUUUACUGUUUGACAUUGUGUUUGUUUUGUGGUAUACAAAUGAUUGGCCUAGCAUUAUUAAGUGAACAUCAUUGUUAGGCCUUGUGCUCACCGAGGGUCAACGACGGCUCUUCUUGAGAUUAUGAUUCUGUCGUACAAACACUAAAGCAUAAAUUAUCCCACCUCAUCUUAAAAGGACAUAAAACUCAAAACUGAAAUGUACGUGCCUGCUCACGGAGCCAUAUAUGACAUGUAUUUGUCAGCAGUGGUGCAAAUUAAUGUCAACUGUGAAUAUGCUCUCUGAUCAGGUACAGAUUUGUGAGGAAUAUGUACAUAUGCUCUGUAAAAUCUCUAAAGAUAUAAGCAUUUCUUCAAUACACAGAUAUUGCUCUCAUGGAUUUGAAUAUUGAGAUUUAUGUCCCUUUAAUACAUAUGUUUAGACGAAUUACAUGAGGGUUUGUCUUACGGCAGAGCCCUUGCGAUCUUUAUGAACCUAACCAUUAUUUGCAGCACAAGCAUUAUUUUGUGAUCUCAGGGUGCAAGCAUAUUUAUUAUAUUGAUAGCUAGGUAAAGCAAUAGCAACCCAAAAAGGAACAGUAUCUUCUUGCAAUGGGUCAUUUUCCUGCUGUCUUUGUGAGCAUUGAUUGUGAUACGUUAUUUUCCUUGUUACAUGUGCAAUACCAUAUUGUGCAACUCACUUUGUUACACUACUCUCCGCUAAGCUGGGGCAUUUUAUUUUAAGGAAUUCCCUGCCACUUAUCCUCAGGAUGAGAUGCCAAACUUACUUGUGACGUUCUAAAAUAUGAUACCCACUUAAUCGGUCUAGUUGACAAUUACCUUGCCGAGAGAAUGUUGGCUCUGCUUUAGCAAUGGAUAGAAUUAUUUUUUUAGUUUUUACCAACUCUAUAAAAAUCAAUUCAUUUUGCUUUAAUCUUUUGUUGCUUUACUGACUCAGCCAACUUCUGAAUCUCAACUAAGUGAUGUUGGUUCUGAGAAAGCUUGAGAUGAUCUACUUGUUGAAUGGAAGAAGUCGACAUGUUGUAAGAAUUAGAUUGCGUACUUGAGAUGUUUGAUAUAUGACGGACUAAGCAUCUUCUGGUGACAUCACGUAACGAACACAAGAGGAUGUGCUUAUUUUAAGCUUUCUGAUUCACAACCCCAACAGGAUUGUGUAGAAUUAUAUUCCUUCAUUUUAUUUCAACAUGAGAUUAUAGUUGUGAUCAAGUUACUGACAAGUGACAAUUUUUAUUACGAAAGUGACAAAUAUGAUUUCCUACGGACUUAGCAGUAAUUUCUUUGCAUUUUUCGCCUAAGCACUAUUAUAGUUUGUUUAUUCGCUGUGAUUGUGGGUGUUUUUUAGAUUUUUGUUGUUGUUUUUUUUUCUUUUAUGCAAAGAAAAGUAAAAAGAAAAAUUGAAUAAAAUUUGCCUAUCCCAGCUUGGGAAAAAAGUAAA